AACACAUGGCAGCGAUGGCGGCAGGAGAGGAGCACGCUUCUUCCGAGGUGGUUUUGAGAGGACUAACUCGUCAUUUAAACUGUCUAAAUGAAGACAACAAGGCGACACGAAAGCGUGCUAUUGAACAAAUCAAAAAGGAGACUAUUGACAAAAAUCUUUCCAGCGACGUGUUACAUGAGGUGUUUACUGUCCUGCUAAAGCCUCUGCUCAAAUGUCUGUCUGAUCCCAUGGAGAGAUGCAGAGAAACGGCUAUCACGAUGUUAUCCGAGUGUAUUCGUUGUGUUUCAAAGCCGGAGGAAUCGUUACCUUAUCUAAUGCCGUGUUUGGCUCAGCGGUUUGGGGAGAAAGACAUUCUGGAGCCCGCGGAGGAGCUUCGCCUAUCGGCUCUAGAAAUGUUAACUCUGACGGUUGAGGUGUGCGGCAAACACCUUGCACCUUAUUUGAACGAAAUGAUUAAUAUACUCCAGAGAGGCAUUGUCGACCCUUUUCCGGAUGUAAAAAGAGAAAGCUGCAAAUGUACCAUACAUUUUGCUAAAUGUGUGCCAGAGCAAUUCCACAUGCAGGCGGAGAGUCUGGUGAAGCCUUUAAUGCAGACAAUAUCUCAUCAACACUCGAGAGUGCGAGUGUCUGUUAUUGAGGCCACAGGGGCAGUCAUUCAAUAUGGCACAGGCAAAAAUGUAAAUGAUGUUGUUUCUCAUCUGGCACAGAGACUUUUUGAUGACUCUUCACAGGUAAGAAAAGCUGUGACUGCUGUAGUAGGUGACUGGCUUCUCCACCUGCCAGAUAGAUACUCAUACUUUCACACACUUAUCCCACUUCUUCUUACAAACACCAGUGACGAGAUACCCGAAAUCAGACUUCUAGCAGCUGAUCUUUGGAGGCAAGUUGGUGCUCAGUGGGAAAAGGAGAAUGAGGAAGAUAUAAAAGACAAGAUGGACUUCCUCCUCACCCCACCUCCCUUUUAUCCAUCAGGAGUGGAGCGUCCUGGACUGGGCUGUAGAGAGCUUGUCGUUAGAAACCUUGGUAGACUGGUACCCGCGAUCACCCAUGAUAUCACUGAUUGGCUGGUUGCUACUCGGGUUCGAACAUCACAACUGCUAUCUGUGCUGCUCCUGCAUGCAGAAGACCACUGCACACAGCACCUCCAACCUUUGCUAGCCACACUUUAUAGAGCCUGCACAGACACAGAAAAGGAUGUCGUCAACAAUUGUCUGGCAGCUGCAAAACUAUUGGGAACAUUUGUGCCUCCUGCCGUCUUCCUCAAGUUGAUGCUGUGUCAUGUGACAUCCCCCUCCUCUGCCUCUCAUCCUUGGGCUCCCCUCAUGGUUCUUGCUGCAGUAUUAGGAGGCUGCCCCAAGCCUCUCCUUAAACCUCAUCUUGAAGAGUUGACCAACACCCUAGCUCACCCUGACGUCUGCCAGGAAUAUCAACAGGCUAUGUACUUGGAGCAGCUGUUGGCCUGUGUGGACGUCCUGUUAUAUCAGUGUGAUUCUGAGUGCACUUCUGUCAGUCUGCAGCUCCUAAAAGUGUUGGUCACAGUGCAAUGCCUCUCCACAGAGCCAGAACUCACUGAAAAGGCAGUGGACAGUAUGCAUUUGCUGUGUAAGGUGCAGGGCCUGGACUCCCUACAGCAGCUCUAUAGAGUCCACAUGGAGCAGCUGAUGGACUGGCUCUGUGCCUCUGUCAACAACUGGUCCAGUUAUUCCCCGGAGAGGCUCCAGCUACAUAUCAUAGUCACACAAUCAGGUCCAGUAAUUGGCGAGUUUGUGAGCCGUUUGAUGCAGAUACUCCUGAACUGUCUUCAGCCAGAAAAAGAUCCAGAGAUGAAGAUGACCAUCCUCACUAUGAUGGCCAAAUUACUGUUGGAGGCACCACACACAUUGGAUUCUCAGGGCCUUUUCCAUGAGCAUUCUGAGAAGUUUCUCUGUGACAUCUUGCUCCCUAACCUGGUGUGGCGUGCUGGGAGGACUGCAGCUGCUGUGCGCACAGCAGCCAUCAGCUGUGUCCUGGCCCUGCUGCAUGGAGGAGCCAUCACACCUGCACAGGUGCUGUGUGUUGAGGAGAAAUUGAGUCCUCAGGUGUUGUCAGCUCUAGAAGAAGACUCUCAGAUGGCCAGACUUUUAGCUUGUCGCUCUGUGUCCUCAAUACUCAGACUUAUAGGACCAAGUCUGCACCCUGAAGCACUGAACAAGAUUUAUCCUGAGCUGCUGAAGCGUCUGGAUGACAGCAGUGAGGAGGUACGUGCUGUGGCCUUGGAGGCUCUGGGCCUGUGGUUGUGCGGUCUGAGUAAAGACUACAGCCCAGAGCUGUGCACUCCUCAUCUGCAGCUCCUCUUUCAGCAACUGCUCCUCCACCUGGACGACCCUGACAGCGCAGUGCAGGACCACGUAUUGGAUAUAUUGAAGAAAGGCUCCUUGGUGCACCCGUCCCUCCUGAAGACUGAGACUGAGGCAGUGAGAGGCAAACACAGGUGUCCGCUCUACUGUGACCGCCUGCUCCAGCACAUCCACUCUGUGACCACUCAGCAGCCAGCUAGUAAUAGCAGUGAUUAGCCUUAUAUAUGCUGUGAGAAGUAUUGAUCCCAUCCAGGAAAACAAAAUGCACACUAACUGGAUUUGGAAAUUAAUGUUUGGCAAUGUUUAUCUAUGUUUCAAUACUUGGUAAAUUAAUGAAUGCCUUUAUCCUUUUGUGUUCCAAUUUUAUUCAAUGUUUCUUUUUAUUUGUAUCUGUUAUCUGGAUUGAUUAUAUAACCCAUUGACAAAAUAUUUUUGUAUUAUUUCAAUAAUCUUAUUGAAAUUUUGUUUAUUUCAAGUGCCUUUGUGCUCUAACCUUUGUAGCCUCUAGAUGGAGCCAAACCAGUACAAGAGCAAUGGUGUUGCUUCAAAAUAAACCCUGUUUUUCUGUU